AUGGCGCGUACCAAGCAAACGGCCCGCAAAUCCACUGGUGGUAAAGCCCCGCGUAAGCAGUUGGCCACUAAGGCUGCCCGCAAGUCCGCCCCGGUCACUGGCGGUAUUAAGAAGCCUCACAGGUAUCGCCCUGGUACUGUCGCUCUGCGUGAAAUCAGGAGGUACCAGAAAUCCACGGAGCUUCUUAUCCGCAAGUUGCCCUUCCAGCGUCUUGUCAGGGAAAUUGCCCAGGACUUCAAGACUGACUUGCGUUUCCAGUCCUCUGCUGUUCUUGCUCUUCAGGAAGCUGCUGAGGCCUACCUCGUCGGUCUCUUCGAAGACACCAACCUGUGUGCCAUCCAUGCGAAGCGUGUGACCAUUAUGCCCAAGGACAUUCAGCUCGCCAGGAGAAUCAGGGGUGAGAGGGCCUAA